UGUGCCCGCGCGCGCGCACACGCACGCACGAGCGUCCCCAGGGUUUGGCAGUGGUCGGGCCGCCGGCGGAGCUUUGGAGGUCCAGCCCGCGCGCGCGCGCACAGAAGGGGAGGGAGGGGUGAGUGUGGGCAGGCGCGCGCGCGUGGCGGCGGCGGCGGCGACUGCUACUGGCUGUGAUUGGCGCGAGGGCUUAGUUCCAUCCAGGUGGGAGGGGCGGCUCGCUCUCGGUCUCUCUGUGUCUCCUUUGCAAGCUGAGCAGUAAGUAGCAUCUGCUGCUGUGCGCGAGACCAGGAAAGGAGCAUGUCUGCAGGCAGGGCCAAGAAAGUGAAGAUGGCCACCAAGUCCUGCCCAGAGUGCGACCAGCAGGUUCCUGUUGCAUGCAAAUCCUGUCCGUGCGGCUAUAUAUUUAUCAGUCGAAAACUCUUGCAUGCUAAACGUUCUGAAAGGCUGCCGUCCUCAGAAAGCAGAAGUGAAGCUAAGAGGAGACGGACAGAGAGAGUCACAAGAGAGAGGAUAAACUCCGUGGUAAAUAAAGAUUUAGAAAACAGGAGAAGAUCCAGAUCAAACAGCCAUUCGGAUCACAGUAGAAGAGGAAGAGGACGACCAAAGACCACCUCAGCGAAAAAACACGAGGAGGAAAGAGAGAAACAAGAGAAAGAAGUUGACAUGUAUGCAAACCUAUCUGACGAAAAGGCUUUCGUAUUUUCCGUGGCCUUGGCAGAAAUAAACAGAAAAAUAAUCAACCAGAGGCUUAUUCUGUGAUUGCCUGGCCCAGGACCUAUGCAUGCUAUGGUGUUUAAGCCAGGCAGUGGAUUUCGAACUGUCGGUGGCCUCUCCAGCAAGGAAUGCUGCUGCCUGCCUUAGUGAAGGCUGUAUGUCUCUUUUCCUUGCUGACCUUCUGCUGCGGCUGCUGCUGUUUGGAUCAUGCAGACUUCUUGUUCCAGCUAAUUGUCAAGAAGGAAAACGACCAGCACUUUGCUUGGGGGGGAAGAAAUCAAAAUCUGAUGAACGUGGCAUCUUGAAGAACUCAACGGAGUUAUUAAAAACUGUUAUUUUGAACACUUCUGCAAUUAAAAUGCAAUGUUUUAAUUAAUUUAAAUCUCCUUCACCAUAGGGUUCAGAUUUUGCAGCUUUAUUGAAGCUUACAUGUACAUAGUUAAGCUAACUUCUUAAUAAAUCAAUAUUCUGGUGUUUGUUUUUAUUAAUCUGCUGAAUUGAUCUGGGAGCCAUAGCGUGUUUUUACUUCCGGUUUAAGAGAGUCUGAAUAAACGCUUCUUAAGUCAGCAUAUAGAUCAUUUGUGCUCAGAGCAGAAAUGUGAUACAUGGGCAAUAAAGUGAAAAUCAAUUAUUCCUCUUUUUUCCAGAAGCAUUGAUGCAUUUGUGUUGGACUGUCACCCCUUUUAAUCUCAGCUGCAGAAUCAAACUAGUUUGAUUAAAUAUGCCAUACAUCUACAUGUGACGAAAACAGCAGCUUUGAAGCGUGUGGAGAGGGGGGGAACGACCCAUACUUUUGCUGUAAGACUAAAAGAGUUUUUAACAGGGAAGACCUGAAAUCUUGCUAGGAAAUCCUUCCGGAAGGGGAUUGUAUAGAUUCCAUGUUGGGCUGUGGUUUUAGGUUUUUUAUAGAGAUGCUUUUGCACUUGUGCAAACCUUGUUUAUUUAUAGAAGUAUUUCCAUAGCUUAUCUGCAGAUGGUCCCAUUUUGGAUACAUAGUCAACAACACUCAUACAUUGAAAAUAGAGGGAGCCAGCUGGGCCUGCAAGAAAAGGCAACAGUAGUGCUCUUUCUAGCUGGCUAGAAGACACACUGCCUUUUCGAGGACACUCUGGUUACAUCCCCUCUUAAUUUUAUGCCUGCCCCUUCCAACAGUCAUUCCAUGGCCACUGAGCUUGCUCAGAGUCCACAGCCUGGGGCCACCACAAUUCCGUCAGAGGCCAAGUUUGGGCCGUGAGCCACCUACUGGUUCAAUCCUGGUACUGCUAGUGCAUUUAGCUUACUUGAAAUGCCUUCCUUUUGCAUGCUGAUAAGAAUUCCUUUUUCCAGGGGGCAUCAUGGACCCUUGCGACUGAGUGGGCUAAGUGAGUGCCUUGAAGGGCUUUCUAAUGAGGAUAAGCAGAACAGCCCACUAAAAGCUGUUGACAGUCGAAUGGAGAAAACAAAAUUCCCAACAUCUUUCAGAAUGCAAUCAUUCAUAUAUAUAUAUAUAUAAAUUCUUUGGUAAAGCAUAUAUCUUGUCUUUUGGGAAACCAUCUCAAGAAACCAACCUCUGAGCAGGGGAAAAAAUAAGCUGUUGCCUCUUUAAUUCCAAAUGCGAUUAAAAAUAACUCUCGACUUCACUGGAAAAUCAUUUCACUUCCUGCAAGCAAAGCCUAUAAUUUAUAACAUUGUGGGGAGCUUUUGUUUCUGUUGUGUGGUUUCUCUCGCCCCCCCUCCUUUACCUUCCUGCCCAGUUCUCCAGCUCUUCAAAUUGUAGGCUGUGCCUCUACAUUUUUAAUUCGUUGUGCAUGGAGAACAUUGGCGCUGAGUUGUCUUUGAGCCCUUGAAAGCUGGACUUCGGGUGCUUAUUUACAGCAAGCGGGCAAGCUUGCCAUUGCUUUAAGUACUUGAGGCCAGGAGCAAUUAUGGAAAUAGGAUUGUAGAACUAAUAAGAUGUGUUUCUCUCCCUACCCGCCCCCCCCCCAAACCAAUAUCCAUAUGGGCAACUUGGAACAACUUUGGAAAAGGACCAACAUCGUAUUUAUUUACAUUCUGGUCUGUGAACAGCAGCAAUUUGAAGUGUAAGAGCAUAAGAAGUGCCCUGCUGGAUCAGGCCAGUGAUCCAUCCAGCCCAGCAUCCUGUGCUCACUGCGACCAGCCAGAUGCCGGUGGGAAGCCGGCAAGCUGGACCUGAGCAGAGCAGCACACUGUGUAUAUCAGCAAGUGGCAUUCAGAGGCAAGAUGUAUCUGAAAGUGGAGGUAGAGCUUAGCCAUUGUGGCUAGUAGCCACCAAUAGCCCCCUCUCCCAUUAUUUAUUCCAAUCUUUUAAAGCUAUCUAGGUUGGUGGCCAUCACUGCAUCCUGCAUCCAUACUUUAACUGCUGCAUGAAGGGGGACUUUUCUCUGUCUUGAAUCUUCCAACAUUGAGCUUCAUUGGAUGCCAGCUAGUUCUGCCGUUAUGAGACUGGGAGAAAAACUUUCCUAUCCAUUUUCCCCCCCAUGUCAUGCAUAAUUUUAUGAACUUCCGAUGGGUGACAUAGGUGUGGAGCUUGUGUCUUUCCAGGUGAUUGUUGGACUCCCAACAGCCUCGGCCAGUGUGAGAUCAACAUCUGAUUAACAGAAAGAUGCAGAAACACUAGGAAUGGAGGAAAAAAUGGACUAUGCAUUUAAAUCCAAAUUCAAAUUUGCCUUUUGAAAAUAUGCAAACCGAAACAGCUAUCAUUUGAAAUUCGCACUUACCUGAAUUUUCUAACAAGGUUCUCCAGCGUUCACAAAAAUGCAUAUAUUAGGGGAAAGCGCACAUGGAAAUGAAAACAUUAGUGACUAUAACAUGCAAAUAUGCUGUAUAUUCGGGAAAAUAGCUUGCAAAACUCUGUAUUUGUAAAAACCAUAUAAAAAGUGUUUAUUGGGGAAAAUUUGAAAUAAAGCACUGAUGAAUUUU